CAGUCGUCUGCUGUAAGCCUAGCGAUAAGGUGGUAGUCGCCAGCAAAAACGCACACACGCAAAAAUAUAUAUAUACGAGCAAACGUUCAAGCACACUCACACUUUGACGAUUCGCCAUCGUGACGAUCGUUGCUCGCUCGCCUCGUUCGUACUUCGAGAAACGUUUAAUCGGGCUGCAUUCAGAACCAGACAGCCAUUCGCUUGCCGUAACUCGUAGCGUGCGGUUGCCUCUCUCUUUGAAGCGGAAGAAUACAAAAUAAAGAAAAGAAGAAACACUCUAAGCAAAGACUAUAACGUAUUUUACGUAGAUUCGUCGUUGCGCGAAAGAAAAGUGAAAAGUGAUCUUGAAACUGAAAACUGAAAAAUAAACAAAUCAUAGAACUGCAUUAAAACAAACAAAUCAAAGCAGUGCGCAGCAAAUUUCUGCAUUUGCCGCCAGUGAAAAAACAGAGACAAAUAACAAAAUCAAACUGUGUCUUAAACUGCAUAAGCAAUAUAUAGCCGAUAUCGAGAUGGUUACCGGCGUAACAACAAACAUGAGUCCCAACUUAGUGGGCGCGGCCGUGGUGCCCACCCAGCUGAAGGAGACACCCAUCAAGAGUGACCGCAGGUCAAACAAACCAAUUAUGGAAAAACGUCGUCGUGCACGCAUCAACAACUGCCUCAACGAGCUGAAGACUCUCAUACUAGAUGCCACCAAAAAAGACCCUGCGCGUCAUUCAAAGCUGGAAAAGGCCGACAUAUUGGAGAAGACAGUGAAGCAUCUCCAAGAGCUGCAGCGUCAGCAAGCUGCCAUGCAACAGGCCGCCGAUCCGAAGAUCAUCAACAAAUUCAAGGCCGGCUUUGCCGACUGUGCGAAUGAGGUGAGCCGCUUCCCCGGUCUGGAUGCUGCCCAGCGUCGUCGUCUGCUGCAACAUCUGAGCAACUGCAUCAAUGGCGUCAAGAGCGAACUGCACCAUCAGCAGCGCCAGCAGGCAGCUGCCCAGGCACAGUCGUUGCACGCCCAGGUCGUCUUGCCCUCGCCGCCCAGCUCGCCCGAACAGGAGUCAGCAACAGCAACGAACGGCAGCAGCGGCAGCAGCAACAACUUGGUCUCAGCAGCGGCGCCUUAUCUCUUCGGCCAGAUCCAGCACAAUGCCAAUGGCUACUUUCUGCCCAAUGGCAUGCAGGUGAUACCCACCAAGCUGCCCAACGGUAGCAUCGCCCUGGUGCUGCCCCAGAGCUUGCCACAGCAGCAGCAGCAACAGUUGCUGCAACAGCAACAGCAGCAACAGCAACAAUUGGCUGCAGCAGCUGCCGCUGCCGCUGCCGCCGCCGCUCAACAGCAACAGCUGCAGCAACAUCACCAUCAACUGGUGUCCAUGCCACAGCGUACGGCCAGCACCGGCUCCGCCAGCUCCCACUCCUCGGCCGGCUACGAGUCGGCGCCGAGCAGCAGCAGCAGCCACGGCAGCUAUGCCCCGCCCAGUCCCGCCAACUCGGUCUACGAGCCAAUGGAUGUGAAGCCCUCCGUCAUUCAGCGCGUGCCCAGCUCCAAUUUGGCGGAGCAACAACCCCUGUCGCUGGUCAUCAAGAAGCAGAUCAAGGUGGAGGAGGAGCAGCCCUGGCGGCCCUGGUAAAAAUAUGCAAACAGCAGAAGAAGAAGAAGAUGUAAAGAAAUGAGCCAGGCGCUCGCAUUGCAACUGCUCCCAAAAAACAAUGCAAACCGCUUUUAAAGACUGAUGGGCGUCGCACACACACACGCACACACACACACACACAUCCACACGCACACGCACACAUAAACAUUUCAUCACAUUUCGCUAGGAUAACGCAAAUGUUGCGAUCGAAGUGUUUCGAGCAAGCGGAACUCCUAAUUCGCUCCACGUUUCACUUGGGCAUUUCUCUAAAGGAGAAUUGUUCAGCGAGAUGAAGAGCAUCCAUACCCAUCCCCACACACACACACACACACACACACAAACACACACAUAUAUUGUUAUAAUUUAUUUAUUAUUAUAUAUUAUUAUUAUUAUUAUUGUGAAUUCAUUUCUCAAAAUGGUAUUUUGCAUGUCGCCAAACUACCUCAAUCCAAGUACUUGGUGUAAAAUUGCCUCAUGAAUCAUGUAUUAGAAUAUUACUUUAGAGUUUCGCUCACACACAUACACUUGCAUAGAUACAUAUAUAUGUAUAUGUCAACAGCAAUGAAAUCUUCAAAGUCUUCCACACAAACUAUCCAUGUUUGUUUGACAUUAAAAAACUUAACUCUAAUGCAUAAUAAUAAUAAUAAUAUAAUACCUAAUAUCUCUACAUUUAAAUAUAGUCUCACCUCUAUACGUAUAUAUGCAUAUAUAUCUAUCUAUAUCUAUUGUAAGCUAUGUAUAUAGCAAACUAUUUGUAAGACCACGUGAUAUAGUGAACAUAAUGAGAAAUCUAAGAGAAAAAGAAUUUUUGAA